AUAAACUUGACGACCAUCAGAUUGUUGAAAUCGUGUUGGCAGAAAACUUGGAAUAUGAGCAGGGUGAUCCAGAUAAUUUAGAUGAGGAGCCACCACAUAUUUCGGCACCAGAAGGACUAAAUGGAUUAAAAAAUUUUAUUUUGUUCGCUGAGCAACAAAUGGGUAGUGAUUUUGAUAGAAAUAAUUUAAAAAUAUUUCGAACUCAAGAUUAUGAAUAUUCUUCUAAUAAUAAAUAUCUUUUUAGUGAAGAAGAUUUUCUCAAUAACGAAGAUUUUAAUAAUGAAGGUUUAUAUGAUGAAAAUCUUGACAAUGAAGAUUUUUAUAAUGAAGAUUCUUAUAAUGAAGGUUUUGAUAAUGAAAACCUUUAUGAUGAAAAUUUUUGA